AUGCCCACCGCCAGUACAUCCAAGCCUGGAUUCUCCCGGAUCCCGAAAGCAGGGGGUUCUCGGAUACCUACCGUUGGCGGGAGCAGGAUCCCGUCGCUGGGGGGAAGGAACGCUAUGAGUGAGAAGGGACCGGCCGGCGAGAAACAAGAAUUGUCGAUGGGGAAAAAACGAGGGCUGGUGAUGCAGAAGGAAUCUCCCAAUCCCAAAGCUCGCAAGAUCCUAAGGACGGCCAAUCCACCCCCAGCGGCUACGCUGAAACCGAAUGAUGGGACAAAGCCCACUCAGCCAGCCGCAAAGAAGAGAGCUCUUGGAUCGCCACCAACUUCUGCCCGCAAGCGACAACGUUUGGACCUCCCACUGCGAGCCGAAAGCUCGGUACGAGUACCUUCCCCAACACCCCCUCCUCCGCGUGCACAAGAACGAGCGCGCUCUACUACAGCGUUCAACAUUCCUCUCGGUGACCAGUCUAGUCUACUUGGGGGAGCUGCCAUGGAUAUUUCCAGCGCGGGACUUUAUUCAGAUUUUGACAAUGGAGAAACACCUAGCCCAAAGCUCACAAGCGUUGCUCAUGGUCGGCAAACAGUCAACAAUACUCGGAGGCAGUCUACUAACUCCACUCGGCGGUCCUCGCUUACUCCCAAACCUCGUCGGAGAUCCGCUACUCCUCGUCGUUCACCCAAAUCUACACGACAACCAUCGGCCACUCCAAGAAGAUACGAGCCCAAGGCUCUUCCCCCGCCUAUAGUCACUCCUACCGUCAUGCAGGCAAAAAAGGAAGCAAGGCUUGCUGAAGCGAAGGCUAAAUUGGCCACCGCUCGGUCAGAGGCCGAGGCGGGACUGGCGUCUAAACAGACGAUGACUGCGUCCCAAGCGAGACUUGCGGCUGCACAAGCCGAGGCGGAGAGACGCCUGAGGAUGAGCGUGGAGAGCGGAGAUAAUGAAGGCUUGAGUGUCGUGCAGGAGGAGUCUUAUGUGGAAGAGGAAUCUGAUAGGGAUGAUCCGUUAGGAGAGGAAUACGAUGAAGAGACGGAGGUCGAGAGAGGACAGGAAGAGGAGGGGGAGGGACAAGGCGAGGAUGAGGAUGAUGAGGGACUAGGAGAAGAUGAAGAUACACUUCAACCUUUACGCGACGAAGACGAGGCACUUCCACAACCCCAAGGGCCCGGAGCAGAGGAACAGCGACUCCCGCUUUUAGACCUACUGCAACGCCUGCUACGAGAUCAACGACCACACCCGCUUAUAAACCCACGACGACCCAGCUACUGUGAAACCCGCUACAACUACUCCUGCCACGUCUUUAAAAGAAAGUCCAAAUCUGCCACUUUCCAGGAUACGCCUGAUCCUGCCAAUUCAGACACUCCGUCGGAGUACGCCCCUGAUGAACACGAGAACACGAAAGACAUACGUUUCUACCAACGUCGCCCAUCGCUCGGAUUUUCCCUGUCGCAGUUGUCUCUCGGUACACCCUCAAAAGAAAAGAUCAAAGAAAUACUGCGCGAUGAAGGAGAAAUCGCGAGCCGAACGCGCUCCAGGCGUGCCAGUGGAGACGGAACCAGGAGAGAGAGCUUAGCUGGUGUCAUGAACGGGUUGAAGUUGAACGACCGAAGCGGGAAUUUAUCUAUCGGUGUCAUGGAUGAGGGCGAAGGUACAGAAGAAAUGGAGGAAGAAGAAGAGGAAGAAGAGGCCGAAGAGGAGACGGAAGUAGAACAGGAAGAGGAGGAAGGGGAUGAGACUGUGCGGCGUGCUACGACAACCCCUAGGGCACCGGGACCUUCACAUUCUACCACUCCUCGAAAUCUUCCCUCGACAACACCCCGAGCUCGACCUUUGAAAACGCCCGGAAAUACAUCAACUACUCCUGGAACCGGUCCAUCGAUGGCUGGCCCCUCUACAACACCGUUUUAUCUCCCGUCUACUACCCCCGGUGGCGAUCCCUCCCAUACGAAGCGUAAGCCGCGCAAAUCGGGAUCUCCGACUCAAAUGCGAGGAAGGGGGAAAGAAAGGGCCGCGGGCCAGGAGGGGCAGUAUCCCCCACGCGUAACGGUGAAAUCUCUCGAACAAACGAGGUUUCGCCUAGAAGAGGAAGGUCGUCAUCUGGGAGGAGGGGAAAUACUUCUCCGGAAAGAGGCGAGAGCUCACGGAGGCUUGGGUGCGAGCACCAAAAACCGGACUGUAAAGCCAAAAUCACCGAUGAAAGUGGAGGUCGUCAUUCCGCGACCACCGACCAAGUCGGUUUCAAAGACUCCUGUGCUCAAGCCCGCUGCUUCGGCAUCUUCGUUCAAGCCUACAGCAUCUGUAUCUUCUUUCCAACCCUCGGCAUCUAUGGGUUCUUCUAAACCUGCCUCUUUGGCUUCCCAACAUUCAGGAUCGACUUUGUCCUCCAGGAUCAGGUCGUCGACUUCGCCUCUUAAUCCCACGACUUCCACUUCGGCUUCAAGAUACUCGGCAUCCACCUCGGCCUCUGUGUUUAAUUCUCCUUCCAAGGUCACGCUCCAGCAACCUACCCCUGAACUUUCCUCGCUUGACCGGUCCCCUGGAUCACAUCAAGAUACGGUCGCCAGUGCAACUGUUGGUUCGCAGCAGGACGUUGGACAUAUCGAAGAAGGAGGUCAUAUGAGUGUAUCUCUCGGUUCUCAGGACGAAUCGAUUGGCUCGCAACACGAAUCUACUGGCUCAGGACAGGAUACAACGGGUUCGGUUGAUUCGCAACGAGACCAAGACAUGGAUUACACAGAUGAAGUGCCCGAGACGAGUUUACCUAAUACUCCGGCCGAACAACGCGAGACGACCAAGUUGCCCAGUCAAUCGAGCUUUUCUCACUUGCUAGACAGGGAUAUGGUUAUGCGCUCGGAGCGUAUCGCGACUUUACGCAUGGAGACGUCCCAACGAAACAUGACUGUGCACGCGGAUGUCUCGCAGCGCAGUACGACCUUGUCUCGAAGCGCCUCUGCCAAAUCUCAUACGCCCGUGACCAAGAAACCUAUACCCAAGAAGACGCCAGGGUUGAAGAUCUUGCCAGAGUCUCAAGUAUCACGCUUGAAUGCGUUUACUCCGCGCGUUCCCUCAGCACCUGCGGACGAUUCAGUCGAGUUCACUCCGGCUUCGAGGUUCGAUUUUAAUGAGUCCCACAUGGACUUUGAGGACACGCCUGCAAAGGGAUCCAAGUUUGUUCAGUCUACCCCCUUUGUCCGAAAUGGAGCCCGCCCGUCGCUUGGUUUGGGCACAUUCCAGAUCUUCAUUUGGGUAGACUAUACAGAAAGGACCGAAACCACCCCCCAACGCGAGAUUUCUGUUGUGGUAUCGACGAACAGUCCUAACCGAAGCCUACGCACCCAACGAGUUCCGACACCCCGCGCGCCGCGCCUAUCGAACCCGGCCGACGACGAUGACGACGACAAUGAACCGGAGUUGCCUCCCAGUCCCAGCGCAGGAAGAAGCACUGUGCAAGAAGGGAACAGUCUUCCAGGUGGUAAUGGGAUUAACGGGAGGAGGCUUUCGGACAUUUUGAUGCUGAGGGCGAAGCAAGCGCGCGAUCGAAGUAGAGACAUGUCCCAAGGUCAGAGAGAGGAUGGAGAUAUUCUAGGAACCGGCGAGAUGUCAAGGUUGAGCGACCAGGCGAAUGGCCUCCUAAGGCGGCUGUCUGAAUCGAAGCCAAAUUCCGUAGGCAACAAGUCGGGCACCUUUGGCGCUUCUACUUCGAGCAAUCUUUUGGGCUUGGACAUGGGCCACGUUUCUCAGGAUCAUUUCAGCUUUGAGUCUGGUCGUAGCCAACAGGAGCAAGUCCAGGAUUACGAUGCUAGUGUUCGCUUUGACGGGCCCAGUACUCGACGAUCUGGUACUCCUGUAUUCCGACACCCUAGCCAACAUGAAGAAUCAGAUGAAGAUGAGGUAUCCUCUGUUCCAGAACAAACAGAUCAAGAGCCGCGCUCAAGUGGAGGAUCCGUGACUUCGCCAGCCCCUAGCGACCAAGAGGAAGAAUUAGGAUCAGAGGAUGAAGAGGACGAGGAGGGGAUGGACUAUGAUGACAACGGUGAACCGGUUAUUAAAAUUAGUGGACCACCUGAAGCGCUUGUGCAGGCCAAAUCGGCACUCAUCCAACUCGGAUAUGUUGAAGACGAGGAGCGUAUAGAAGAGUAUUCUCGUGUUCACAGGUCCAGGUCUAGGUCUCGAUCCGUAUCCCGGGCGGGCGAUUCUACCCGUCAUAUCAGCAUUAGGGGAAGCUCUCUUAGCCACCUGGGCGACCGCACGACUGGCCUCUCUCGAAACCAAAUGAUGGUCGAAGCAUCGAUGUACGAAGAUUGGGAGCCCCCGUCAAGGCGCCAGCUCCGUGCACGCAAGUGGACCGAACACGAGUGGCGCAUGCUCGCACAUUACAUGCGACGCGUACAAAAAUCUCAAGCAUUGAUGCACGGGCUGUCUUCACGCCAAGAACUUGAUUUGAAACUAGUGGAUAUUCCGACAGUUGUUCAGAAAUUUGUUGAGGAAGAAGCGCAUGGGAUUCGGCUCGAGGGAGAGUGGGAUCGCUCGGAGAUUGCUGGCCGGGUCGAGUUUCUGAUCAAAACCGAGGGCUACAAAAAGGACGGCUCGUGGAGGUCUACACUCGCUAAUAUUACGGUUCCUGGGUUCUCGACCCAAAAGACUCGCCGCUACGAGCCCGAGCCUGAGGCAAGCCCCGAGGUGGAGAGCCCGGCUAAAGGACGAAUGUUACCUGCCUCUUUAUCGGAACGUCCUGGUCCAACUCGUAUCACUGCGGCUCGGGUAGAUGUACCACCAGAUUCGACAGGGACCCUUCAAAGUAUGAUGCCUGCAACCAAAACUCUGCAAACAGUUCAACCCGCAAGGAAGUCGAUUCACAAUGCAACAGCAGCGAAGGGCCCGGUUCACACUUCUCUAUUACAACUUGUGCGGCACCAGCCCCGUCAGCAGCCUGAGAAUAUGUCGUUGGAUCAGCCGUCGGUUGAGGAGCCGCUCGUGGAAGAGUCUGAGGAGCGGUUGAAUGGGCCGCGAUCUAUGGAGGAAUCCCCUCUCGAAGAACUAUUGGAGGAACCGUACUUUCAAGAACGUUCGGCUGGAGAGGAUUCAACAGGAACACAAUCCGGAGAGCUACCUACCGAACAUCCAUCAGUAGGGGAACCAAUGUCGUAUGAGGUCGAGGAAGAAGCUGGGGAAGAAAUUGAGGAAGAAGGGGCUGAAGGAGAGGGUGAUGUCGAGGAAGAGGUCGAGGAAGAGGUCGAGGAAGAGGCUGAAGAGGUCAUGGAAGACGCCGAAGUCGAGCAAUACGACGAAGAAGAACAAGAGAAUCCAUGGGCUCGAGGGUCGACCCACGAAGUUCCUGUAUCCAUUUCUCCGGCUCGUACAAGGUCCCCUCCUAAAUCACGCAGAUAUCCCAACAAAUCUAUCUCUGCCAAUCGUGGACUCGAGACGUCAAUGCGAUCCGCUGGUGCUCCUCCGACCCCUAUUGCUCGGUUCUUCGGUACUAUUAGCUCCUAUAUCAAUCGACGUCCCAGGACAAUCAAACGGGCGAAUGACGGAGAAGACGAACCCAUUUUUCCUGUUCUAAACCACGUCCCUACUCCCAUCCGGCCAACUCCUGCACGUCGGAAUCGACAAAAACGCGUUGAACCCAGGAUCGAUAUACCAGCACUUCAGCACGUAUCUCCCCUCAAACCUACCAAGGAGCCUAGACGUCCACGCCCUAGGAUGAGGCGAGCGGGAUCAGUUAAGGAAUUGGCAAGGAGCUUUGAGCUUAUGGAAGAAAAGAGUCGAGAAGAGGCUGAAGUUGCGAGGAGUAUUGGCGCGAGGCGAGUUGUUUCCGACUCGGGAAAGCCACGGCUUAUCCCUGCUCAAGUCCACUAUGUCCCUCCGAGCGCGCCUGUACAGUUGAACCGACCAAAGGCUCCACCUAAACCAACGAGAAACGCACCAACGGUACCGUUACUUCCCGCGGUACCGACCCGAGCUGCACGCCCUCCAUCAACUCGCAAAACUCUCAAACAACCUACUCGCUCCCGACCUGCUCGCCCAUCCGCUGCCAAGAAGAAAAUAGUCCCCAAAAAGGAGGCGGAGGUUAUUACUAUUUCAGAUACCGAAUCUUGA